UUGGCCCAUCCACUCAUUUCAAGCCUUUAUUCCUAGUCUUAUCUUUAAGCCUUAUACAACCUUCAUUGGACACGCAAAAAGAAUUUUGUUGAUUUAUAAUUGCUUAGCAUAAAGUGUCUUGCUCUCUCAUAAUUUUUGAAUUACUUGGAUUGACAUGUGUUUUCAUGCAGCUGUCCCGAUUACUUGGCUUUUGAACAAUCAUUUCUUCUUCCUAGUCAUCCUUAACGAGUCCAAAAUGUUUAUUUAAUUAUUUAUUUAUAUUUUUUUUCCUCUCUUCUUGUGUAGCUGGAAAAGGAGAUAAUAGAUCUGACUCUGCAACGAGACGUUGCUCAAUCUCAGGUUCAGGAUUUGCUACGAUUGGCUGGGGAUGAAGAUUCAAUGGUAGGUUUGAAUAACUACCCUCACUUGCGAGUUCAGAAAUCACCAGAUUCUGGAAAUGCAACAUCAAAAGCAUCCCCUUCAUCAUAUCCUCACUCCUUGGAUGUUGGUGUCAGAGCAUUUGACAGAUCUCUGUGUUCUUAUGGACGUGUGAGUAGUUUUGUUGAUCACUACAUACAAAUUCCCAACUUUGAAGAAAACUUUCAGCAGAAUGAUGCUUCUCCACACCUAUUGGUCACUACUGCUAACUUUAUUAGAAGCAAUUCCGCAAAUAGUUGGGACGAGAUUAAGGAACAAACUAACGGAACUUUAGAGGAUUUAUGCAAGGACGUUCGAUGCAUUGAGACGGUAAGUACAGACCAAAAUUCAGAAUCCUAUAGAUCAUCCCCUGAAGAAAAUACCAGAAUCUCAGAAUUGAUGAUGGAUGAGAAUGGAGACAAAAUGGAUCAGGAAGACAGAACAGAUCAGGAAUUUGUGUCACAGCCAAACGAGGAAGAUAGAGGGUUAAGUUACAUCCCUCAUUUCGUUGCUCCUUCUCAUGAAAUAACAUCUCCGUGGCCGUUAAGAAAGUAUAUAUGUAGCUCUCAAAGCUUGCAAUUAACUAGAAGUAGCAGUUGUAAAGAAAGUUUAAUGACUAGACCAUAUUCACCAUUGUUUGAGAAUGUAGAAAAUAAUGAGAACACACCACCAAAUGGGUUUGAGAGAGUCUUCACCCGAAGACCUGAAGGUAUCCGUAGUAAGCUUUCUGAAUUAAACCGUGGUGCUGAUGUUGAGAGGUUAUUGAGAAAAGGUUCAGAAUCUUCUGUCGGGAGUGCUGCUGCUAUUGAGCUUGAAGCACAGGACGACGCACUGCCAAAUGGGUGUCGAUGCUGA